AUGCGACUUACACCUGAGCGCACUCAAAAGAUCUGUACGUCUUUCGAAGUCUCCGGUGGUUGGUUGCCUAUCAUGGAUGUCGAAAUGACCGAUGCAAGCCCCAGCCGGUCUUCUGAGACUGUUACGUCAGAUAGGGACUUGGUCAAGACAGUGCGAUCUCUCGACCAGACCGGCCCCGGAGCCAAUGGCGAAAACCUCGAUCGAGUAUGGAAGCAGCUUACCUCUGCCAGCCAGGGGCCGUUCUCUGCCGCUGAGGAGAGCGUCCUUCGAUGGUUACUCAAAGUCAUGAAAGCGAACAACGACGAAGCCGACACGAUCCGACGAUUUCCUCUGACAUGGCGCAUUCUCGAUUGCGCAUUCCAGAGAAUACCUCUAUUCUCCCUCGCAAAGUCUCUCGCCGAUCGAAAGUUCAUAACGGUUCUCCAACAAACCCUCAAGAACGUUGCGAAGCCGAGCACCGAAGCCCAGACCUCAGGUUCCACGUCGAAGAAGAGGAAGAGGACCAAUGCCGCCGUCUUCGAGCUGCAAACUCUGCAAUCUUUUGAGGGCUGCCUAGGAACGGGGGAGGCUAUCUUCAGCGCAUUGAGGAACCUCUUUGAUCGACUGGAUCCGGCGGCACAGUGGUCUGCCCACGACAGGAUGGGAGCAGAACAUAUCAAGGCGCUCUUUGCCCAGCCUGCGACUGAGGCGGUAGAGUUGCUCUCGCCUCUGCUGUCCCUUUGCGACUUCUCUCUGGCUGCGUCAGACACCGAAGUCUUCGAGGGGCAAGAAUCAUGGGUGAAGGUCUUCGCAUCCGCCUGGAACUUGCAUCUUCAGGUCGGCGCCGAUGCACUCGAAGUGGCGACUCACUUCUCACGAACUUCUUUCUCUAUUCUUGGCAAGAUCAAGAAUCGGUCGAGCACAGAUGACCAAGUGGCCAGAGUAUGGACGCGCGACCUCGAGAAGUUCCUCCAGCGCAACCUUGUUCUGCCUGCGAGGUCGGCGUACCUUAACAAGACGGAUCUCGAGAUCAUUACUCGCUGCUUCGCGAUGGUGCAAAGCAUUGCUUUAUCCUCAGUUCCUAUUCUUUACAGUCUUGUUUCAUCGGCCCCGAGAGUGGUUGGUGGGCUCACAACAACCAAGGCCGAAGAGGCUUGGAUGCAGGAGAUUUUCAAGAUGUCUGAGCGUACCAUCAGAAAGCUGCCCGGUGGCGAAAAGUCGCAAGCGAUGGGAGAAAUCCUCGACGAAGCAAUCGCGAACAAGUCUCGCAUCGCUCCGAGUGACCUUCUCUCAGUCUGUGAAACAUACGCGCUUUCUGGUAGCCCAAGCGAGACCGACUGGCGUGUCUUAUCUCUCAUUGCGAAAUGUGACGCGGAUAUCUUCUUGCAAUCCGAAGAGGGCUCGCAACUCUUCAACCAAGUGUGCGACAGAAUCACUGCAGUUGGCCCGGAGGCGGAUGAGGACGCCAUGCGCCAACUGAUUGAGUCGUUGAUUACUGGUUUUGAAAACGCCCGCGACUUGUCGACGUUCUUGAAGAAGUGGUUCGAUCAAAUUUCCAAGUUCGAAGACAAAAGACUGCGCUCCGGAGACAGGCCUGUUUGGUUUACCAUGGUACACCGCAACCCGACGCUGAUUGGAGGCAUCCAGAAGUCCUUGACCACCAAGCAGUUGGCCAAUCUGCUGCAAUGGGUUGAAGACCAAGAGGAACUUCGUCCGGCUGCAGUCUUCAUCUUCCUUAACACUCUCGCGUCUGCAAUCACCAAGGACGACUAUGCCGAUGUGGUUGGAAGCAAGCUUGCCGACAUCGCGUUGAACGUCGGGUCAGCCAGCAAGACACCCUCGGACAUACGUUCCCUGCGCUGGAGAAUCAUCUCCAAGACUGUUUCCUGGCUAGAUUACGAACAGGCUACCGCUCUUUGGGACAAGGUCCAGACCGACCUCACCAAGUCAUUACAAAAAGCCAAAUUUGACGACGAAGAUACGUGCGAGGCUCUAGAGUGCGCAUAUGGCCUCUGGCUGUCAAUGUAUCCAGAUGGACGUGACCAUACUGUUCUUUCUUCUUUGCUCACAAGCUUCAUCGAGAGGCUGUUGAAGAAGGUUAAGGUAGAAGACCUCCAGGGUCUCUUCGAUUCUCGAGUCUUUGCAAUUUCAUAUGUCUCUGACGUCCCCAAGUUCUGUGCAGAGUUCCCCCUCGCUGCGUCGAGGCUCAUGGCUCUGCUUGUCAAAUCCUCGGGCGGUUUGCCAGACUACUUACGGCGUGCCCUGGGUGACGAGACCUCUCCCAAGGGCGGCGACGUAAGGCUAGGGAAUGUACUGCACGCGGUCACGUCAAACGAAAACAAUCUCUGCAAAAGGAAGCUCACAGCUGAGGUGGUGGAUCACGCCAUAGACGUGAUUAGCAAGGCCUCGAGUAAAUCUUCGCCCUGGGCUGAGCAACGAAGCAGGACCGCCAUGAUUGAGCUGUCAAGAAUCCCCCAUGAAUCCAUCACGAGACAGCAGAGGGAGCGUCUCAUGGACAUAUUGAUUCCGAAAGUCCACAUGGCAGGCGAACUGGAUCCUUCAGACUGGCAUUUGGUUCUGGGAUUUCUGAUCAAACUGAUGCAAAGGCCAACCUUUUACCAGAAUAUGGCGUUCUCCGACCUUCAGAAGAUUGCCGACUCCCUGGCAAAAGUCUGCGCAGAGUACAGCUCGAAGACGGCUCUAGGUCUUACCCAGCUUGUUUUCCAAUUGGCGACAUUGACUGUGCGACAAAUGAACGAUCACCAGGAAUGGCGCACGCAGUACUUCGACAAGAUUCCCAACCUUCUGACGGGCCUUGGUGGCGAUGUCUCCCCUGUGCAAAUGACUCUGCUGAAGGCGCUGCUUUCUGUCAUGCUACCCGAAGCUGGUUCUGAUGACAAGGUUGCUGUCAUCGACAGCGAUCAGAUAGCUUCGUCUUUGGGAAGUCUCAUUCAAGACACCUUGGGUGACUUCUCCAAAGCAUGGCGGAAGCAGAAGGUGAAAGGCGAUCUUGUCAAUCGCGCCCUGAUUGCACUUGACGCGGCUGAAGCUUUGCCAAAGCCCGCUAUCGAGCGGCUCAAGAUCAAGGUUUCUCAGUUGGAGGAGGUGAGCCAGCAGGCGAUUACAAGCGGAUACUUCAGCGGCUGGAAACUUCAAGCGUUUCUCAUCAAGUAUUUCCCGUCAAAAGUAGCAGACUCUCGGCCGACGUCCUUCGGCCAGCUCUUCAGCAGCACGCUGCCCACACCGCUGUCGAGUGGCGCAGUUCUCGAUCCCCUGUCUGACUUUAACCGACAGUCCGCUUUGGAAGAAAUCAUCGACGCCGCUGUCGCUGGUCUUGAUUAUAAUGGCAAGGUUCAGUAUGUUCAGAGCCUCCUUGUAGGUGUUGAGGCAGACGCCGCCCCUGCGGCUGGCUCAUCUUCCGAAGGCCAGCUGCUUGCCAUCCGCCGUGUGGUUGCCCAGAUGAGUGAAUCUCCUGUCGGUCUCGAGAAGUCCAACACGUUUGACUUGGCCACGGCCCAUGGCAAAUUGAUCAGGUACCUCGUCCAGGCCGGGACUGUGCGUGAAUUCAUCAGAACCGCCGAAGUACUUCAGCAGCUUCUCGAUGUCAAGUCUGAUUCCAUGACCCAGUGGAACAUAGAGACAACACUCAGCACGGUGGCAGCGAUCGUGGCAAAGGACCAAGGCCACCUCCUCGACGCAUCGCUGAGUGUGUACCAGUGGCUCUGCAAGCUGAUGGAGGUCAUCAUCAAGAAGCACCGCCUCCGUCUGGAGGGCCACUACCACAUCCUCAUCACCACCCUCGAGGCACUCCUCAGCGCCCUCGCUCACCCCUCAUCACCAGCCCUGCGCGCCAAGCACGCCGCGCAGUUCACCCGCCUCGUCACCCUCGUGUGCGAGCCGGCCGCGGCGGCCGUCUCACGCGUGCAGCACCUGAGCGCCCUCGACUCAGCGACUGACGCGGCGAAACGGUCCGCUGGCCGGCACAUGUACCUCGUCCUCAUGGCGUACGUCAAGCUGCAGCUGGAUGUGGACGUGCCGCGGGAGGUCCGCGAGGCGUUGGAGCCGGGCAUGAACUCCGUGUUCGACAUUACGCCGCUCGAGGUGAGGAAGAUUCUGAAUGAUAGCAUGGACGCCAGUGGAAGGGCGAUCCUGAGGGAGAUGUACAAGAGGUACACCAAAUUUGGCAAGUGGAGUGCAUACUGGAUGCGUUAUGCUCUCAACGACUGUCUGGCCUGGUGA